AUGAAAGAGCUUCAAGAUCGGACGUCACUUCCUGGCUUCCUUGAUAGUUUACUUUCUCGAAUUGGUAUUUUUGAGUGUGAUGCGAAAACAAAGAAAAUCUUGGAGGAACCAGAUUUUUUUACUGCGCCCUAUUCCAGGAUAGGCGGAGACAAUUUGGAAACAGGAGUCGGCCAGAUAUCCUCUUUUCGCAUUCGGAGCGAUCUCAAAUGGUGUAUGAUUUGCUUACUCGAGCUCAUUACGACAGUCCACAUUUGCGUCAAGAGUGUUUAUAGUGCUGCAUAUGCAUACGCUCUGCGUCAGGCGCUAAGAGAUGACGGCAGAGAGAUGAGUAAAGGGCAUGAAUGCUCUCAAAAGGGCUGCUCAAUAAUUAUUGGGUCAGCUAUACAGAUGUACUAA